AUGGGAGACUCGUUGGACCAAGGGCGCCCGGCCAAGCGCAUCAAACUGGCGCCACACCCGCAGCCCUCGCAUCCGCACUCUCAAUCCCAGGCUCACCCUCGCCAGCGGCCGCUCCGGCCUGCGCCAGAGAACACGCCCGUAGUCCCUGCAGAGGAGGCUGCUGUGGCUUCAGCCUUUCAUGUUCUCCCCGCUGCCCCUGGCGCCCGUGGUGCCCGCCGUGUCCGUCGCCGUGUCCGCAGCCGUGGGGGCGGCCGCGGAGCCACCUCCGGUGCUAGGGCGUCCCGGACCCCUUUGCCAGCGCCGGUUGACGCGGGCUCCUCUCCGGCCUCGACCGAAUCAUCGUCUUCUCUGAUUUCGACGUCGACGCUGCCCUGGCCGGCGCAAGAGCAAAUCCAUAUGGCGGUAGCAGCGGUAGACACGCCAAUCGAAAUGGCAUUGAUACCUUUGGACAAUGUACGGGUGGAGAUCGAUCUUAUAUCAUCAUCAGACAAUGGCUCUUCGAGCAAUUCCAUUUCCCCAGAGCGAGAAUCCCACUCGCCCCAAGAUCUGGAUGUCUCAGCCACCGCUGUUGAGCAGGUCCCAUCUUCCCGAGCUGAACAGGAGCACAACUCCCCCAAACUCGAAUCAAAAUCACAUAAAUUCGUCAGUCCAUUUAAAGACUGUGUAUCAAGCUUUGGACAAGCGUCCCGGCGCUUCAGCCGUCCUACGGAUGGUACCGUCAAUUCAUACAUCAAAUUCAACUGGCCGCAGCGUAGAACGCAGGGCGGCCGCUCGUCUUCGGUAUCGGUUGUCGCUCGGCCUGGCAAUGAUGCUGAUGAUGACCAAGUAGAGGAGGUUAUCAGGCCUUCAACCCAGUCAUCACCGUCUCUGGUUGCUCCCAAUCGCCACGCAAAACAAAUAUCGCAAGCUACUGCGAUUUUGCUGAACUCUCAGAGGAGAUUCGACCGCUCGCUGUCUUUCUCAGACAGUACAUUACCGGCUGCAGGGUCGAGUCACUAUGCCACGUCCCCUUCUGCUCAUUCGUGGAGCUCCCACGGUUGGGCUACCCAUUCAUCGUCUCAAGGUCCUCGCAUGUUACCGUCGCAUUUUGGGCUGGUUUCGAAAAUGGAUAAGAUAGAUAGGCAGCUUUGGGCAUUUUAUCUCAGGAACUGGUGUCCUGGCCGGAGCAUUCUGGGCAAAACAAACUCAUGGUUGCAGGACUUUGCCCCCAUGGAGGGCAACAGCGGCGUGCUGUGCGCGAUGCAGAGCCUCGCCGGCAUAUAUGUCUACGACUAUCAGCCUUUGGAAGAGAUAAGUCGGCGCAUUAACCAUCGGUUUGCGCUGGCCGAGGAUCGUCUGAGUCAACUACUUGCUAAAACUGAUCCUACCGUUGAUGAAACCAGCGAGCUGAUCACCAUUGCUUCCAUCUUAUCGAUGCAAGAUAUUGUCUAUACUGAGCGCCGUCGCAAACGACCUUAUGCUCCGCGUUGGUUGGAGGGCUUCAAGCAAUGCGAGCAUUUUCUCGAAUCAAUCGACGAAGGGUCGCGAUUCUGGUCACCCUCCAACGUUCAGUCGUCCUCCCUUCGCAUCUCCCAGUCAAUCAUUGUCGGCAGAGCCGUCGUCCUCUCGCAGAUCAUGACGCCGCUAAAGUCUCCAUAUACCUUCAAUCCACAGAAAGAGUCCUCUCGCUUCGGCUGGCUCCUCUACGGCAACAUGGAGGACAUGUAUGAGAUUCACGGCGGAUGCGGCUUCUCCAAGAAGCUGCUUCAUUCCUUGAGCCAAAUCUCAUACCUCGCCGCGCGUCUUUAUCAAGACCCUGAAAGUCCAGUCGCUCCGCUCACUGCCCGGUUUCUGCUCGGAGAGCUACUGCAAAUGCGGCAAUGGAGCAGCGCCGUCGAUGCCGCGCCUUGGGAAGAAGCCAAAAAAUUGCCGCAAACUAUUCAGAUGGUGCGCGCUGCCCCCGAAGGCUAUGUGAUCGAGAGCGCAUGCCACAUGACAGAAGUCACUGCAGAAGCCUGGAGAAUUGCAGCCAUGAUUUAUCUCCAGUGCCGUGCUCUCAGGAUGCAUAGGAAUCACCGAGAGGUAAUGGCCAACUUGAACGAUCUUGCCAAAUGCAUAAACAUCAUGCCAACUUCAGGCUACAACUUCACUGCCCAAGCGCCUCUGUUUCCAGUCUUCCUUCUCGGGAUGCUUGCUACAGAUCCCGAGCACGUUUUAGUUGCGCAGACUUGGUUUGAAAAAGUCACCAGCACGCCAGUGAGAAGUAGUGUUCCUCCACUUUACGAGACAUUGAAACGGAUCUGGACGUGGAUUGACGCUGAUCCCAACUUGAAGCUGCCAGUCAACAGAAAGCUCGACGAAGAUGUCGGCAAAAGGUUGCCAUGGUGGGAGCAUCUAGUCAAGCGCGUGCAAGACCAGGAGACCGAGAUAUUGUGCUUGACCUAA